CUGAUCAAUGUCCUAUUCAGGAAAUAUGUAGUGGAAAGGACAAGAAAACGGAAGGCUUCUACAAGGACCGCACAUCAGAGAGAACCUAUUCUAGAAAUCUGGGCUCACACAGAAAAGAUUCGAAAAGAUUCGUACGCCAUGAAUAAAGAUCUACGAGAGUCUAACAAAAUUUUACGAGCAAAAAUUUAUGAUGUCGAAAGAGUUGUCUUUGAGUUGCACUGCAGGGAUUAUAUUAACAGGCAUGCGAUUAGUGAUAAAGGCUAUGUUAAGGAAAUCGGAAAAGGUUUGUACUUGGAUUUAUGUGCGUAUGAUCAUUCGUGUCGUCCGAAUACGAUAUUCACUUGCGAUGGAUUUGUUGCGACAUUGAGAGGACUGAAUUCGAAUGUCGAUAUUAAAAAUCGAUCUACCACAUUUUAUACCUACAUUGAUCUAUUGAGUUCACUACAACAGAGGAAAAAACAACUGAAAGAUACAUGGUAUUUUGAUUGUCAGUGUGAGAGAUGCACGGAUCCUUCGGACCAUUUGUUAACCAGCAUCCUUUGCCCGACUUGUCCGGAAAUUGGAAAAGGUUUGUACCUGGAUUUAUGUGCGUAUGAUCAUUCGUGUCGUCCGAAUACGAUAUUCACUUGCGAUGGAUUUGUUGCGACAUUGAGAGGACUGAAUUCGAAUGUCGAUAUUAAAAAUCGAUCUACCACAUUUUAUACCUACAUUGAUCUAUUGAGUUCACUACAACAGAGGAAAAAACAACUGAAAGAUACAUGGUAUUUUGAUUGUCAGUGUGAGAGAUGCACGGAUCCUUCGGACCAUUUGUUAACCAGCAUCCUUUGCCCGACUUGUCCGGUGAGUUCGAUUUGCUGA